UCAAGUCUUGAGAUUGGACGCAACUGGGGAGUUGUUGAGAUGCUUGAUGUCAGUUAUUGAAUGUCUUCUUUAUCGAUCAGUGAUUUUAUCGCAUAGCCUGUGAUGCUUUCCUUGAUAAUUUUGCAGAAACGAAAAUAUGUUUUGUUUUGAUGCUGGGCAAAGAUACCUCAAAAAAAGAAUUUGAUCUGAUUAAAAAGACGAUAAAGUGAAGUGAAGGGCAGAGGGUGAUAGCUUUUCUGCAUCUCAUUUCUACGUCCAGAAAACUGACUUGAGUCCUUGGGAGAACUAUGAGUCAUACUAUUUUGUUAGUUAUGCCGGAAAACAUGUCAUGUUUUAUUACUCUUAUCUCCUGGCGACCAUGAUUGGCUGCGCAACCUUUCAAGCCUUACUCGAAAGAGCUCACCUUAUGUCGACAAUUCGAGUGAUUCUGACUAUGAGACGUUCUCACGGGUUCAAAAUAUCAUCGAAUUGGAGUUUUGACCAAGUAACAUGCUUGAACUAAUAGUUUGCAAGACAACUUGGUUUUAUUAACUGAGUUCAUAAUUUAAGUGGCUCCAGUUAAAACAUCGUUUUCAUCGGUAUCGGGGAAUACGCCAAAUUAUCAGAAUUGAAUGGAAUGGCAACUAAAGAUGGCAUAGCGCGUCAAUUUGGAGAAUACGGGUCACCCGAGACGUUGGGGACAGCUGUCAUACAAGGUAAUUUGAGGAGGUUUAACAUUAUGAUAAGACAGAACACCUUCUAAGAAUGAUUAUUUCCUAUUUGGUUUCGGAAAGUUUUACAUGUCAUUGUUACAAUUCCAAUUGAGAAGUUUUUAGCGGUGAUAUAUUAUUAAAAGCUCUCAGAUCUCUCUCCACUGCGCGGAAGUGUGACUGGUUUUAUAAUUGAUAUGUUUCACUUUCCUUGCAGCUAUCGAGGGAAAGAACAUCUAUGAGAAAUACAAGGAUUACUUUACGACUCCUUAUUUCGUCUUUUUUCGCGACACCUUGAGCUAUCUUACCCUCCUUGGUCUUCACUUCGCCAUUUGCCUGUCCCCUUCAACUGUUGCCUUCAGUCAACUAGAAUGGGUCAUUUUAGUUUUUUACCUGGGACGCGUUUUAAUGGAGGCGGAUCAGUUUUUUAGAAAUAAAAAGGCUGGAAUAAAAGAACGAAAGGAUGGCUACCAACCAGUUGACCCAGGAGACGGCGAUAUCUUGCAAACGAAACUUACUCAUUAUUUCAGUGACCAUUGGAAUGUGGUUGACUUUAUCAUUCUUGUUUUCUACCUGAUUACCUUCGUCUUACGCAUAAUCACAUGGAAAAACUCCACAGAGGUAUCAGACAACAGACUCUUGGCUGUGUCAGGGUAUCUCUAUGGCUUUAUCGCCAUGCUUCUCACACUGAGAGCCUUUGGUCAAGUCAGUGAGCGCGUGCGGGGAAUGGGUGAAAUACAGAUCGCUUUGUUCUUUGUCAUGCGGGAUGUCAUGACAAUAUUGUGGCAGUUUUUGGCCACGAUUCUGGCAUUUUCUUUGGCCAUGACCAAAGUUUAUGUCGCCGAGAAAGCCUAUACCUCAGGAAAAGAUUCCGCGAAGGAUUUGGCCUGCAGCGAAUCAGGGCUAAUUUGUUGGUGGACUAUGGCGACACACCUUGGUUGGUCAUUACUGCACUUAGCUAACUUGGAUGCAUUUAACUCCGUCGACGGUCCUUCCGUUUCUCUUAUUCAUGUGCUGUACUGCUUCUUCUUAAUCAUGGCAGUAAUUCUUCUCGCGAACAUGAUGAUUGCUUUGCUCUCUAAUUCCUAUCAGCGGGUUCAGGAUAAUGCACUCCAGGAGUGGUCUUUCAAGAGAGCCAUUACUGUUAGGACUUACAGUACCUAUCAUCCAAUACCAGUCCCUUUCAACCUUUUGUCGAUCCCACUGAUUGCACUCUGGAACCUCUGUCGAAAGUGUUCGUGCAAAACAUCGUCAGACAGUCCUGAUUCGCCUGAGGGCGGACGGAGAGAAGCUCUAGAUAAAGUGGUGAAGAAACUACAAACGAUGUACUUCGAGAAAUAUGGUUAUGAAUUUCCCCUCGCAGAGGGGAAAAAGAUAGAUCACUUGGUGCAAGAAAAUGAAGGAAGUCGAAAAUUGACCAAUCAGAUAGUUUGGCAAGUAUUCCGACCACGUGGAAACAAGGAGGAGAAACUUGCGUCUGGCCAAAGCGCGUGGUAUGAUUCGCCGGGGAUUUCUGUCGAUGGCUGUCUCCUGACUUACUUGGGAUCUGAUUUCUGCGACACAUGCAAAAGAGGAGAGCCUAAGGAAAUUCACAGUGCCAAAUUUAAGUCUCCCUUUACACCAGAGACGCCACGAUUUGAGGUUCUUAUUCAGGAGACUGGGGAGAGGCGUAUUGUGGCACUUGGUGUUGUGCAUAAGUCUUACGACUGUCACAAAAUGCCUGGCUGGUAUACAGGAACAGUCGGUUACCACGUAGACGAUGGGAAAAUUUUUGACACUGGCUGCCAUAAGCAUGGAAGAGAAGUCGAAGGGGCCAUGGCUUACCGCGGUGAUCUCAUCGCCUGUGAGGUUGAUUUUGGAGAAGCCUCUAAGGGUAAAAUCACUGUGUUCUUCACCUUGAACGGUAAAGAAGUAGAGCAUUCUUCGAUGGAGUAUACCUCAGGAAAAGAACUAUUUCCCUUCGUCUCCUUGGGAUUUAAAGGCAUUACUGUGCUCACGAAGAUGUGCCAUCGUGACAGAGGCCGUUUCAGUAGAGUGACAAAUGAAGAAAUUCAGGAGGAAAUUGGAACUCUGAGAAGUGAUGUUCAGCAUCUACUUGUCGAGCAAGAGAGGAUGUUUUCGGAAAUGAGAAAUUUAAUACUGCUUUCGAAGGAAGUAAAGGAUAAAGAAGAGCAAGAAGAAACUACUUAGAAACAGGCUGAUAAUUUGAGUUAAGUCUUCGGAUAAUAAUGUAUUGUGCGCAGUUUGAUGGAUCAGAGUUAAUCAGUUGUAAGCUUGCAGCUAUAGUUUCAACAUUUCCUGAAUUUUUCAAUGGAGGGUGGAAAAUAAAGUAGCUUUUAUCAUCUCUGUAAUUGUUCGAGAACACUGAUUUAUUUAGCUUAGGCUCAAUUUAUUUUUGUAUGUCUGCUGCUAGACACGUCCUUGCAAAUUAUUUGGAAGAAUGUAAAGUUAAAUCAAGAGAUCAUUUUGCUAAUGAGUUAAUGUGUUAUUGUGUUUGCUGUAGAACGUGUCAAUAUUGAAUACUGAAUUGUUUCCUUUCGUUUAAGAUGAAACAGAACGCAUUCAGAACAGUUUGUGCGAACUACAAAUACUCUGCUCACCAACCACAUAAUCUUAAGUUUG